CAACACCAACACCAACAUCAGCCAGAAAACACACCAACAUUGCAAUUGUCGAACAACGUUACAUACAGGCACAAACAAGUGUACACGCAUCUUUAUGUGUGGGUGCUGGUGUUUGUGGAUGAGUGUGUGUUUGCGUGUGCGUGCGUAUGUGUGAGAGGGCGCGUGAAAUGUACAACAACAACAGCGGGCAGCACUUAUAUACUGCCACCACCGCCACUACAAGAGCAACAACAACAACGUGCACACAAAGCAAAUCAGAGUCAGCUGUGAAGUUUGCGUCUUUUUGCCAGCAGAGAAAUGUGUGAAAAAUAAAUGUAAAUGAAAUAAUAAGCAUAAAUUACAAAUUAAUAGCGUGAAUAUUUAUUUUAUACACAAAUGAAAUUAAAGCGUGCUGUGCAAAAUAGAAAAAACCAGAGUGCUCGACAUACACUUGUACAUACAUAUGUACGCCUGUAUGUAUGAAUAGAGAAUACGUGUCCGCGUUUCUCACUCCGCGUCCCUCGUCCGCAAUUUUGUCGCGACACACUCCUGAUAAACGCGCCCAUUGCCAUUCUCUACGGCCACUAUCUCGCCGCUAUCCGAAGGCGCUUAUCAAUCGACGAGUUUGGACGUUUAUUUUCUAAGUAUCCGUUACAUUGCGGUUUUGUGCCGUGCGUGCCCGCGUCCGCAUCCGCAUCUGUGAUUCCAAUCAAGCAUAAUUUAAAAGUAAAUAUUUUGACAGCAAAUUCAAAACUGUGGAAAGAAGUGUUUCAAUCUGAAGCAAAACCUUUUCGUCGCCUGAUGAGCUGUAUCAAUUCAAUUUCUUGGAAAUUUAAUUUUUAGACGGCAAGCAAAGAACUUUAACAGGCAGUUGAUAAGCCCGAAAUCGAGGCUGGGUUGAAGAGAGAACAAGGAGACUGUAAAAUUGACUAAACAAUUGCUGUGGAGGCGACUGUUAAGUGCGCAAUAAAACCAAAAAGGACACAAAUUUCCGGUCAACAUAUCCACAAGCCCGCCGGCGUCCAACUACAGGCCAAGUUACACAACAGCUAAAACAGCAAAUACUACAACAACGACGGGCACAAACUGCAAAUCUAAACACAUGAGCGGCAAAUAGAAUAAAAUACGUAACGAGAAAUGCGCACAAAUUGAAUCAGAAGGCAAGUGGAAAGGAAAGGCAAGCGUGCGGAAAGAGCAGCCAAGGGCAACACGAAGAAGGAAUACAACACAACAACAUAUCUGCAACUAAAUUAAACGGAAAAUAAGAAGUACAUAUCCUGUCGAAUAAAUCAUACGCGAGGGCUCGGCAAUAGAGAACGCAAAGCGAAAGUGCUAGGCGUGACAAGGCGAACCGCAAGCGAUUCCGCCUUGAUUAAUGUUACGUAUACGCAACGGAUGCUUGCUGCCAGUGCCCAUAAGCAGCAGCAGAAACAGGAGCAGUGAAAGAAACAGCAGUCAAAGCCACAGCCAGGCCGACCGCGUCUAACGCACUGCCAGCACCUGAGAUCCAGAGACUGAGGCUGCGUUUGUAGGCACAAAAUCCACGUGUAAUUAUAUAGCAAUUGGCACACCUGGCCGACUCACAUUACACACAAAAACACUGAGGAAAUUAAGUAGGGACUAGAUCACAAAAUGGCUUUCAUUUGGCGGCGUCGUUCCGCCUCGAUUGUGAAAAUUUUGGCCGUGCUGCUGGCCAUUUGGUUCUGCAUUGCCUUCCUGCUCUACACGGAUGACACAAGGCGGCGCGCUCAGGUGGGCAGCGGUGCCAGUGGUGGAGGCGGUGAUGCCAUGGCGCUUAAAAGCGGCGGCGACAGCGAAGAUUUGGGACAAGACCAGGACAUUUUCGGAGCUGAAAAUGAGUUUGGCGACAGUGGCAAUGCCAUAGAUGGCAACCGGCGGCGAGAAGGCGCAGCUCUACCACCCACAGUGCGUAGCAGAAAGUCGCAGGUGGGAGCUGGCUAUGCCCACAAAGCAGAUAAGACCGUGCGACACAUAGUGACGUCACGUCCGGUCGUCAAGAUUCCCAAGCCAGAUCAAGACGUUGUGGACAAGCCAAAGGAUGAUGAUAAGCCAGUGCUGGAUGCGCCUGCUGGUGACAUGGAAGAAAUUCCCGGCGAAAUGGGCAAACCAGUCAAGCUGCCAAAGGACAUGCCGCCUGAAAUGAAAAAGGCCGUUGAAGAUGGCUGGACAAAGAACGCUUUCAAUCAAUACGCUUCCGACUUAAUGUCUGUGCAUCGUUCACUGCCCGAUCCGCGCGAUGCCUGGUGCAAGGAUUCCGGCCGCUAUCUAACCAAUUUACCCAAGACAGAUGUCGUCAUUUGCUUCCAUAACGAGGCGUGGUCGGUACUACUGCGAACAGUACAUUCGGUUCUGGAUCGCUCACCCGAACAUUUAAUUGGCAAAAUCAUACUGGUCGAUGAUUUUUCGGAUAUGCCUCACCUGAAGAAACAAUUGGAGGACUACUUCGUUAGUUAUCCCAAAGUACAGAUUGUGCGAGGUGCCAAGCGAGAAGGUCUGAUAAGAGCGCGGCUGUUGGGCGCCCGUUAUGCCAAAUCGCAGGUGCUUACCUACUUGGACUCGCAUUGCGAGUGCGCUGAAGGCUGGCUGGAACCAUUGCUGGAUCGUAUAGCGCGCAAUUCAACAACCGUUGUUUGUCCCGUCAUCGAUGUCAUUGACGAUGCGACCAUGGAGUUCCAUUUUCGAGAUUCCAGCGGCGUCAAUGUCGGCGGAUUCGAUUGGAAUCUACAAUUCAGCUGGCAUUCCGUACCGGAGCAUGAAAAGCGCAGGCAUAAUAAUUCAGCCGAGCCCGUCUACUCGCCCACCAUGGCUGGCGGCCUCUUCUCCAUCGACCGUGAGUUCUUCGAGCUGCUGGGCACCUACGACUCUGGCUUCGAUAUAUGGGGUGGCGAAAAUCUGGAGCUCUCCUUCAAGACAUGGAUGUGCGGCGGCACUCUCGAAAUCGUCCCCUGCUCCCAUGUGGGUCACAUAUUCCGCAAGCGUUCUCCCUACAAGUGGCGUCAAGGCGUCAAUGUUUUGAAAAAGAAUUCCGUGCGCCUGGCCGAGGUCUGGAUGGAUGAGUAUUCCAAGUAUUACUAUCAGCGCAUUGGCAACGACAAAGGCAACUUUGGCGAUAUCAGCUCGCGCGUAAAGCUGCGCGAGGACCUCGGCUGCAAGAGCUUCAAAUGGUAUUUGGACAAUAUUUAUCCCGAACUUUUCAUACCCGGCGAAGCAGUGGCCCAAGGCGAGAUAAGAAAUUUAGGCUAUGGCGGUCGCACCUGCUUGGAUUCGCCGGCGCACAAGCGCGAUUUGAAGAAGGCGGUUGGUCUCUAUCCGUGCCAUCGCCAGGGUGGCAAUCAGUACUGGCUGCUUAGCAAGUCGGGAGAAAUACGUCGCGAUGAGGCGUGCCUGGAUUAUGCCGGCAAGGAUGUGAUGCUGUUCGGUUGUCACGGCUCCAAAGGAAAUCAGUUCUGGAGCUACCGCGAACAGACGAAGCAGCUACAUCACGGCUCCUCAGACAAAUGUCUGGCCAUUAACGAGCUGAAGAAUAAGCUGAUCAUGGAGGAGUGCAACGCGACCUACACGCGCCAGCAGUGGAAGCUCGAGAACUACGAUAGCUCCAAGUUGUGAGGCUACUUCUAUGCGAACGGCACCAUCCUGGUGCCGACUUCGCAGAGACGUCGCGUAUAGCGGACGUAUAAAGAGAUGUAAAUGCUGAAUGAAUAUGAAUACAAGGGCGGAGAGCAGGAGUUGUGCAAUAUGCCGAUAAAGGAAGGAGAAGGGGAAAGAAAAUUGCCAUGGCUUUAAAUUAUCAACUUGUAGCAAAUAAUCUAUAUAUACUACAUAUAGGACUUAUAUUUUUAAUUUUACACCUAAUGUACCAUUUUUUAUUUAACACGGACCUUUUCAAAACUAACGCAAACACACAAAAUGAAUGACUGUUGUACAGUAGACUGUAAGGAUUUGCAUACACAAUACAAAACUAAGGCUAUUGUAGGAAUUUUAUUAAAGGCACCACAAAAGGUGGUAAAAAAAAAUGAAAAAAAAAAACCAUUUAAAAAUAAUAGACGUACGAAAAUAUCAUAAGCGAGUCGUAGCGCAAUUUUUGCAUUUACAUGUGGAACUUUUAGCACAAUUUUGAAGCAUUAAGAACAUGUAACUCAUGUGUUAGACAUACAUAUGCAUUAGGUACUAGCAAAGCAAGCGUUUAUUUACUAUUACUACUUGUAUCUACUUUGUUUGAAAAAGAAUACAAAUAUUAAUAAUGAUAAUGAUAACUGAGCCUCGUUCCAAAUACCCGCUUAGGCUAACUACUUACAUUUUCCGUCAAUUUUUGUCGUUGAUUGUUAUUCGUAUGGAAAAGCAUUUGGUGAUAGCAUUAGACUUUCCUAUGCUUCAUAUGUGAGACAGCAUUCCUACCUAAGUCUUUAAACUACAUAUAUGCUGUAUGUGUAUCUUUUAAUUUUAGAUAUAAGUGUGUGGUGUACCAAAAUUCGUUUACCUUUAUUUGUUCUGUUCUGUUCUUUUCAUUUUGUUCUCUGAGCUGUAUUUAUCUUUGUUGCAUUUUAAAAUCUUACUUUAGAAAUUUCAUUUAUUUACCACAUUAGUGCGUUUUCUUGCCAAUAAUCAAUGAAAUCAGAAAAUCAUUUCAAAUAUAUAGGUUUUUGAUUGGAAAUUGUGUUGUCAAUUUCUCUAUUGUGAAAAUUAUAUGCAUGCCAAAUUAUUUAAUAUUUAAUAUUUACAUACAAUACGACAACAUAUCCCGUUUCUGAAACUGCGCCAACAUGUCUAUCGGUUCUGUUGAGUGUGUGUUUUUAAAUAAAUAUCGUAUAGAUAGUACUUACUAGUACUUAACGCAUACAAAUCAAGUAUGCUAUAGUGCCUUCUACUACUUAUUGUUAAAUACUAAAUAAUAUUAAAGAAAAUGCGAUCAUAUGAAAAGCAGUUACAUACCUACAAACAUAUGAAAUAUUGUUUACUUAAAUCCGUAGUUAAACGGCUUAAAACACGGCGACUGUAAAUAUGCAUUGUAUGUAUCAAUUAAGCGCAUAUCGUUAAUGUAAAUACACAUACGAGUUACAAACAAAUCGCAUUUUUUCACAAAUUGGCAGAGACAGGAAACAGUUUUUAUAUUGCAAUUAAGUGACAGUUGUUUAUUUUUUUAGUUUCUCGAGAGAGCUUCAGCGUAGACGGCAUUUAUUGUACAAUCCAAAAUGCCAUAGAAGUUGUCCAGAAAUUUAUAAAUACAUAAUAAUACAAAUUAAUUGUAAUACUACAAUAUUGACAUAGGCA